CGGAUUUUUAUAAAAAUCUCGUCCAGUCCAAUCCAUUAAUAAUUCCUGGCAGCAACGUUUGUAAAUUGUAGAGAAUUUGUGGUAGAACAGAAGCUCGGCUGACGAAGGAAUGAAUAUGGCAGCGGCGGCGGCGGCAGCAAGCAGCUGCACCACCACCAAUUUACUUGUACCACCAUUCCAAGUUCCAUCCCAUCGAAGAUUACCCAAUAUUAGCUACCACUUUUCCUUUUCUUCUUCAAAUUCAACUUCAACUUCAACGCCGCCGCCCCUGCCCUUCUCAAUUACUGCUACUGAUAACACCAAGAAGAAGAAGAAGAAGACUACGAGGAGGAUGAAGAUGAGCUCGUCAGCAAGUGGGUCCCAGGGACUCUACUCUGCCGCCGACCAAUUUGAGCUUACCCCGGAAAAUGUCGAUUUGGUUCUCCAAGACGUGCGUCCUUACUUGAUCGCCGACGGGGGGAACGUCGACGUUGUAUCCGUUCAAAACGGCAUCGUCUCUCUCAAGCUUCAAGGGGCAUGUGGAAGUUGUCCUAGUUCAACUACAACGAUGAAGUUGGGGAUUGAAAGAGUACUCAAGGAAAAAUUUGGUGAUGCUAUCAAGGAAAUUUGCCAGGUGUAUGAUGAGCAAAUAGACGAGACCACUAUUGAGGCAGUGGACGGUCAUCUGGACAUACUGAGACCAGCCAUUAAGAAUUAUGGUGGUAGCAUACAAGUAUUAUCUGUUGAGGGAGGGGAUUGCGUUGUAAAAUAUGCGGGGCCUGAGUCUAUUGGAUUGGGAAUCAAAGCAGCAAUAAGGGAGAAGUUCCCUGAUAUUGCGAAUGUUGUUCUCACGGACUAGCUGCUUGCUUUGAAAGCUUUGGACGCUCUGGUUUGCUGAUGAUUUUGAUACGGUGGCUCAAGGUUAAACAACAGCACAAUCUCUGGUGGGCACACUGUGCAGGUGGCAGAGUGUAGAUGUGUAAGAUUAUUAUUAGCAGCUUAAUUUACAUGCUCUGUUCAGAAUGUUUUGGGCACUACUGAAGGGGUUCUUGUCAAGAGAGAGCGCAAAUUGCAAAGCCCUCUGAUAGGUUUGUAAUUUAUCUCGACUACAUACAUACAUACAUACAUGGCGCACAAUAUGAACGAAUUCCGUGCCACUCUACAACACAGUACCAUGUUGAUUCAAGCAGAUGAAGUCAACAGCAACAGCAGACAUGUUGGUAGUGCU